CGUCAGUUCAUAGUUCGUCGAGCAUUCUGGCAGGGGCGAAAAGUGACAAAAAAAUGGCCGAUCCAAAUCAAAACAUCAUUUGCGCUCCGGACGAUUGUGCGAUAAAAAUAAGCAAAUGGAAAGUGCGCGAAGGUUAUCCGGUGACGAGCGGCAGCAUUAUACUGUUUUAUGAGCUGCUGGACGGAAGCGACAAGGAAGUGAAGCGGCUUAAAGCCACACAGAGUGGCGUCGUAAAGAAGCGCCUUGCCCGGGAAGGCGCAACCGUGGCGAAAGGAAAGCCGGUACUCGAGCUUGGACAGUGCAGCCACACGACGGUAAUAAAGGAUAUGUGCGCCGAUUGUGGGGCUGAUCUGCGUCAGGAUGAACCGAGCAGCUGCUCGAAGGCUUCGGUACCGAUGAUACAUUCUGUGCCCGAGCUGAAGGUGACGGAAACGCUCGCGAAAAAGCUGGGCCAAGCCGACACGGAACGGUUGCUGAACGAUCGGAAGCUGGUGUUGCUGGUGGAUCUUGAUCAAACGCUCAUUCACACCACGAACGAUAAUGUGCCAAACAACUUGAAGGACGUGUAUCACUUUCAACUGUACGGUCCAAAUUCGCCCUGGUACCACACGCGGCUUCGGCCAGGUGCGCUAGAGUUUUUGGCCAAAAUGCAUCCAUACUACGAGCUGCACAUAUGUACCUUCGGAGCGCGCAACUACGCUCACAUGAUCGCACAAUUUCUGGACAAGGAUGGUAACUUUUUCUCGCACCGCAUCCUAUCGCGGGACGAAUGUUUUAACGCAACGAGCAAAACGGAUAAUUUGAAAGCGUUGUUCCCGUGCGGCGACUCGAUGGUGUGCAUUAUCGACGAUCGGGAAGAUGUGUGGAACAUGGCAUCUAACUUGAUACAGGUUAAACCGUACCAUUUCUUUCAACACACCGGCGAUAUUAAUGCUCCGCCCGGGAUGUCCAAGAACGAGCUCGAUGGUAAAGGGGUAGACUUUAAGGAGCUCAUGAGUCAGUCGUUGAAAGAGAAGAAAGCCAAGGACGGGGAUGAUGAAGGUAGGCCACCGACACCGAAAAUACAAACGCAAGACGGUGGCAAUGGCAAGCAGCAGUGUGAGAAAAGCAUGCCCGAGCAUGUGUUGGACGAUAAGACGGAGGACGAGCCGACGACCGAAGCCGAGAAACCGGUCGAAAAGGAGGAAGAGAGUAAAGAGUGCGAAACGACACCACCAGAGGCUGACAGGGUGGAGCCUUCUACCGCAAGUAGUAAGGAAGAUAGUAAUUGUACAAGCGAGGAUGAGAAAGUAGAAAUUCAGCACACUGUAAAGGAAACAAACGAAACUUUGUUGGAUGAAAAAGGUGCAAUCGACCCGGAAAAGGAAAAGCGUACUGCACCUGCUGCACCCUUGGAGGAACCAAAAGAGCUUCCGGCAAGCGAUGAAGCAAAGGAUACUGCAACAGAAACCGACAAGCAAGAGGAACCUCCCGGUGAAAAUGACUGUACGUCGGACAGUUCUGCCAAAGAGGACAAAAAACCUACCCUAAACUCGAAGCAGGAGAAAGAUCUAAUCGAGAUCGAAGAUCCGGACGAUUACUUGCUCUACCUUGAGCACAUUCUGCUCAAAAUUCACAAAACAUUCUACGAACAGUACGACCAAACGCAAACAAUUUCCGAUCUGAAGCAGCUAAUACCGACAGUUAAAGCACGUGUGCUGGUCGGGACACGGCUUUGCUUUUCCGGACUCAUACCAAACACUGUAAAGUUGGAGCAAAGUAAAGCGUUCCUGAUUGCACGAAGCUUGGGUGCGGUCGUAACGCAAAAUCUGGAACCUACCACAACACACCUGGUUGCGGUCACAAUCGGUACCUCGAAAGUGAACAAUGCGCGGAAAAAUGCAAAAAUUAAAAUCGUCACCCCCGAGUGGCUGUGGUCGUGUGCGGAACGGUGGGAGCAUGUAGAGGAACAGCUCUUUCCGUUGAAGGCAUCGAAUCCGGCCAAAAUGCGACAACCUCCACCACACUGUCACAGUCCAGAACACGCUGUCAACUAUGGUGCAAUGGCAAAAUCGCGCGAAGAACCGAAAUUUAUGGACACGGUCAAUCCACUGCUCAGCUUCUCGAACGACGAUCUAGACGCAAUGAACAACGAUUUCGAUGACUUUUUCGAAUCGGACGAUAGCAGCAGCGACGACGAACCGGUGGACAUUGAAAAUCCCCCAAUGGAGAAAGCACUUCGCAAGCGAAAACGAGUCGAAGAGAUCGAAACCAAUCGGGGCCGGCACAACAUUUUCCGCAAGCGCACCGAAGAGGAGGAACAGCGGAAGGAGGAAAACAGACGCAUUCUGAAGUACGACAAUAAUGCGGAAAAUAAUGACGAAAACAGUCAAACGAAUGCGUCGUCCGAGGAUGAGGAGGACGAAAGUCCGAGUGCAAAGUUUCGGCGCGGAGGAGAUUUACCAUCUGACCUGGAUAUGGGGUCGAACAGCGAAGGAAGCGAAGAACCGAUUGACGAUGUGGACGAUGGCGAUUGGAAUAUGAUGGGAGCGGCACUUGAAAGGGAAUUUCUGGGGUUGGAUGAUUGAGUUG